AACGAAGUAAAAAAAAGGAAUUUUUAGUAAAAUAAUUACUAAGCCACUCCGCUUUUUUUUUUUUUUCUUGUUUGUGGGAGAAAGUGUCAUCUUUUUGGUUGUGAAUAGAACCAUAUAGGCAAGAACGCUGCUCAAUAUCGCUUUUGCCAAAAAAUGAAAAACGCGUUAAAAUGAGAUAUCGUCGUCUCCCCACCCCAACCCCUGUCACAUCCAUCAUAGUGCGCACUCACAGAAGCAGACACGCAGGAAGUAUAUAAUUCCGGAUAUCAGAGUCAGUCUUUACGAAAAAAAAAAAGAGAGAAAACUGCCAACUCAAUUUAUUGCUUCAAGAAAAAUAAAACAUAGCAUGGAGAUUGGGGUUGCUUUUUCCCACUAGCAAAUCCGAAAAAUUGAUAGAAAAUAAGAACGGUGAAAACGCUGGAUAAUCGUCGAUUCACUGUCGCAACGAAAUUUAAAACGCGCCGAACAAUGAAGCUAACUCCUCAUUGGCUAAACUAAAGUCACGCGUUACUCCAGAAAUAAACUCGUUGCUCCAAGGGCGUUAGUGCGUUAUUCGGUUCAAGAACUGUCCUGGGAAGGAAACUAAAAGCUUUAAUCCCGAUCGAGAAACUAAAGAACUACGAGCGCACAGAUAACAAGCUUGUCAUUCAGGGAAUCACAAAAUGGCUCACCCCAUCAUCGCCUACCUUGUCUUUGUUGUCGUCACUUUACCCUGGGUCGACGGCCAGUUUCCCAGAGUCUGCACUAACUUGGACAGUCUGAGAAGGAAGGAAUGUUGCCCAAUCCCGAAAGGCUUCACUACAAAAUGCGGUUGCGAUGGAGACAGAGGCAAGUGCCAGGAACUGGUCAUUCGUGAUUGGACAUUCAAGUACAGUCAUUACCAACCUUUCCAAAACGAUGACGAGAGACACGACUGGCCGCAUGCUCUUUACCACAAAGUCUGCAAAUGCAACAAAAACUAUGCAGGUUACGAUUGCAGCAAAUGCGCGUUUGGUUACUAUCGUGAUGGCAGCAACUGCACUCAGAAAAAUUUGAUCCGAAGAAAUUUUCUGAACCUGUCACUCGAGGAGAAAGAUCGCUACAUGAGAUACGUCAACAUGUCCAAGUACUAUGAAAGUGACUACGUGGUUACGUCUACUCCUUACGCAGAGAUAAACGAAACCGUUAUGAAGGGUGGCGACCCAAAGGGCUUCUUCUACAAUGUCACCAGUUAUGACCUGUUCACGUGGAUGCAUUAUUAUGCUGCAAGAAACACCAUUUUACCUCAUAAUAUCACCAAAGCUGAUAUUGAUUUCGCACACGAUGGUCAGGGGUUUCCCUCAUGGCACCGGUUGUACUUGCUGGCAUGGGAGAGAACCUUGCAGGAAAUUGGAAAUGAUGAAGAAUUUGCCCUCCCUUUCUGGGACUGGACUGGGAAUAUUACUCAAUGCGACCCCGCCAUUUGCUCUGAAGAGCUCCUUGGCGUAACGAACCAAAGUAAUGGCAUCGUGAUGGGCAAGUACUUGGAUGAGUGGUACGUUCUUUGUACCGACGAACAAACCUACGCUCUAACAGAGCCAUGUGACCCUACCAAAAGAAGAUCUAAAUUGCAAAGGGGCACAGAUAACGAGAAGGAGGCCAAAAAGAAGAACCAGGGAUACGAUAUGACAUUUCCAACAAAAAAAGAUGUCAACUUUGCGCUACGAUUUGACACCUUUGACCUCCCACCUUAUAGUAAAGAGUCUAGCUGCAACUUUAAAAAUAUCCUAGAGGGUUAUGCCAGCACCGAAACUGGCUAUCGCUUUCCUAACAUCCACGGCUUGCACAACCGGGUCCACAUAGUAGUUGGAGGAGAAAUGGGGGAUGUACCUUCGGCAUCAAACGACCCGAUUUUUCCUCUUCAUCACGCUUUUGUGGAUCGUAUUUAUGAAAAAUGGUUGCGGAAGUUCAACGAGGAUGCGAGUGUUCUUUCCACUUACGAUGCACCCCUUGGUCACAACAAAGAUGACGUCAUUGUGCCGCUGUUUCCGGUUUACAGUCACCGACAGAUGUUCAAAAAGUCUUUCGAGUUCGGUUAUGAUUACGAAGACGUCGAUGAAAAUGGUAAGUCUUCUGAUGACGAGGAAGAAGAAAAACCAUUGUCUUUGGGAGAUUGUCCAGCUCCUUGCUAUAAACGUCGUAUAUCUGCAGUGGCUGGGAAGUUAAUGUGUUGGUGGCUGAUGUUAAUCAUGCCAGUAUGGCAGUUACUUUUGGCUGAUUGAAGACAGUGAGUGGAGAGAAGAAGCCUACCCUACGCUCUUAGUAAGUGGAGACGCGUGAAACGGCGGCUGCGGAAAAGCCGAGAAGCAAGUAACACAGCGGUCAAACGUCGAGCAUGCGCAAGGGGAUCAAUUCUGGUAGGCCGCGCGCCAAUUUCCCGCGCAAAAUUUUAAGGAAAACAUUAGAAACAGCCGCUGUCUUGCAAAAUAAGCGAAAGAAAAUUAAAACGUUCAUCGUUAUCUGGUACAUUCAAUAAAAGUAAGAAAAAAGAAAACUCGAAAAAUUUCAAACUCAAAGCUUAUUCAAGUACGGGUAUCCUGUUGAUUCACCAUUCUGUUUUGAACUCUACCAAAAACAAAGACGGUUGUAAAACACUUUGACUUUCCUGCUUGCGAGGUUGUAUGUAACUCGUUUCUGAUGGCCUGAAAGUACUCCACCUUGUAAUUAUGACGUUUGCACAUGCGCAGACGUUGGAUAGCUGUGUUAUGGCAAGCAGGCACGCAGCAGUUGUGGUUACCUGAUAAACGUCUGCGGAAUACGCCUGCUCGCUUGCAAGUAUGCGUGCGCGCCAUUUUUCGCAUUUUCGUCGUUUCGCUCAUCUUCGCUGAUUGAGAGGCUGGAAAAGGCUGAAAGAGAAGCAUUGAGGAGGGAAUAGAAGAGAAGAUAUGAUAGAGGUAUAGAAUAAAGCACAGCACAGUAAAAUGAAUAAGUAUAAACUAGAGUAGAGAUUAGAAAGAGUAACUGAGUAUGUCCAAGAAGCGUGAGACCACUUUCAUAAAUGGCUGCCGGAUUAAUAUUCUAUUGUUUAAAUUUAAAUUAGCCCUUCUGGCCUCGC